GUUUUAUUAUUGUAAUCCAAUAAGGACUUUCCUUUAGCACUGUCACUAACCCUAACCCUAACUUUAUUUAUUAUAAGUAUUUAUUAUUUAUAAUGUUCUUUAUACGUGACAGUGCCAAAGGAAAGUCCUACCUUCAAUAAUUUAUAAGGAAACUGAUACUAAAAGUGUAAAUAUAAGAUGCACACAAUGAUGUAUGAAUGACAGCCAGUACUGGCAGUAGCAGUCUUCACCAUGAUGUCAGCUCAGUCCAAUAUUCCACAGUGGGAGGAUUUUGUUAAAGCUGAUCUUUUAACCAGUGGCCUGAUCAGUGGCGUCAGUCUUAUUACAGACCAAGGUGUUCCAGUCUAUUCACACGGAGAUCUCAGUCACUUGCAGAAGAACGAUCUCCAACAGUUUUCAACAGUAUUCAAAUCAGCCUCCCAGGAAAAGGAAGAUGCAUUACUCUUAAAAGGGUUUACAGUCACUUGGAGAGAUGGAACACAGACACACAUGAAGAUAUAUGAAAAGACACACUGCAGCAUCUAUGCAACAGGACCAGGCAACUGUGAUGGUCUGACUGUGAGCAAUCUACCUUAUGGAAUUCUCAUCUGUACAUUCCACCACCCUGUGCAGCAAGGACAAGCCAUUCAGCUUGUUGAAUGUUUCUCCAAUAAGUUACGUGCAUAAUUCACAAGGAUAGUCGAUUUGAAAGCCCACACAUCUGAAUAUUGCAAGAUAGACAGUCUACAAUUAGAAGUACUGCUGUAAGAUGCAUAUUACAGGACCUCAGAGAACAGACCAGUACAGAUCUGGAUUAUCCUGAGAGAUUCGAGCCCAAGCUGCUCAAAUCGGUGAGAAGCAGGACUUAACAUUUACAGUGUACCCCAAAAUGACGUACAAGAAGCUGUAUGUUUAACGAGUUUUGAUAUGAUUGCGACUCCUAUUAAUUGUAAUUAAAACAUACUGUUACAUUA